GGUGAUUGCGCACGCACGCAUUGCUAAAGACAGACUACGUACACGGAGAAGGAAAAUUCGUAGCGUCGUUACUGAUGGAACCCCAAGAGCGUUCAGUUCCUCUACCAUGAGACUCGGUGUUCCAGGUAGGCUUUGGUGUCUCAUGGAGUGAAAAUAAUUCAUGUGUUCAUUCGCAAUUACGAGCAAAGUCUGGAGGACCCAAGCAAAUCGUUGGAAUUGGAGAGGCAGUCACCAUGAGCGAUACGGAGGCCACCAAAAGUGUUCCCGACGAGGAUGCCAAGAGUAACCUUGAGGAAGAUCUGGUGGAGCCUCCCCUCGAUGAAUUGGCUGUGAUAGUGGAUCCAGGUGCUACACCUGACAAUAAGGAGGAGGAGGAGGAGGCCGCCACUGCCGACAUAGCAGAAACUGAGGCUGAGGCUAAGAAUCCACCCGAUGAAGACGCAGAUGAGGCAGAGGCCAAUGCCGAGGAUGCUGAAAAGGCGGAUAACACGCCCGCAGAAGCUGAAGCAGAAACAGAGGCUAAGCCUGAGGAGGCUGCAACCGAAAACCCGUUGUUCAGGAAGGCGUUUUCCAUGUUUGACUUGGAUGAGAGUGGAGAGAUCUCUGCCGGCGAGUUUGGCACUGUCAUGAGAGCUUUGGGCGAGAAUCCCACUGACGAGGAUAUCGAAGAGUUGCUCAAGUCGGUGGAUCGAGAUUUGGACGGAAAGUUGAGCUAUGACGAGUUCCAGACCUUGAUGCAAAAGAGGAUGGAAUCGAGAGAUGAGUUACCCGAGGAUGAAUUGUUCCGAAGAGCCUUUAGAGUAUUCGACAAGGAUGGUAGUGGGAAAUUGUCCAAAGAAGAGUUGAGAAAUGUUGUCACGAGUUAUGGGCAAAUGAAGCUUUCGGUAGAGGAUGCUGAUGAGAUGCUGGCCAGUGCUGAUGCUGACGGCGACGACAUGGUUGAUUACGAAGAGUUUAUUGCUAUGUUCUGCUCGGGCCCCGUGGAAGUGGAACCCUGAAUCAAAAGCACUCAAAGAGCGGAAAAUGUUGGUUGAGAAACAAGUCUCUUGAAUAAAACGACCUGGCUCUAGCUGCCUAUCUAGCAUCAAAAGAA